AUGGUCCGCUACGCCGCCGAACACAUCGACAGCGGCAAGUCCGCGCGCGCACGAGGCUCCUACCUCCGCGUCUCCUUCAAGAACACACGCGAGACCGCCCAAGCCAUCAACGGCUGGAAAUUCACCCGCGCCGUCACGUACCUCGAGAAUGUCAAGAACCACGCCGAGGCCAUUCCCAUGAGGAGAUAUGCCGGGAGCACUGGCCGCACUGCCCAAGGCAAACAAUUUGGUGUCUCCAAAGCCCGCUGGCCCGUCAAGUCCGCCGAGUUCCUGCUCAGUCUGCUCAAGAAUGCCGAGGCCAACGCCGAUACCAAGGGGCUGGAUACCAGCAACUUGAUCGUCAAGCACAUCCAGGUCAACCAGGCGCCCAAGCAGAGGAGACGCACAUACCGUGCUCACGGUCGUAUCAACCCUUAUAUGUCCAACCCCUGCCACAUCGAGAUGAUCCUCACAGAGGGCGAGGAGGUCGUGCAGAAGGCUCCCGAGGUUGUGGCGCGCGAGAAGGCACAUUUGUCCAGCCGCCAGCGUGGUCAGAGGCAGCGCCAUGCUAUCACUCAGGGUUAA